UCCGACAGGUUCAACCGACCGGUCUGGUCCGGAUUUAAAAACCUUGCUAGAAAGAAUAAAGAAAACCUUAAGAGGAUUAUAUAUGUACAUCUCGGGCACAAAGGGAAGGGCAGAACGGACCCGCCCAAAUCGGUUCGCAGACGAGAACCAAAGGGACGCCGCCGCCCAGAUCUGCAGAAGGACGCGCACAGCUUCUGUUUUCCCUCUUUCCUCCAGUGUUGCUUCUCAAAAAAUUCUGUAGAGGAGGACGACCCAAACCCAGACGCAGACGCAGUAGCUUCUGUUUUGUUUCUCUUCCCCGACAGCCUUGCUUAGGAAAUCACCACAGCAGCACACCAUUGUGGACGCAGUGCAAUUCGGCUUGCUCUUCAUUUGGACUGGUUCUAUUUAUUUUUUAAAUUCGAUUUUUAUCAUGAUUUUCUGCUGGGUUUUCUGAAUUAUGGCUGUCCAGAACUCCAUUAUGUGUAGCUAGAUUUCUUUGAACUAAGGAUGAAUGGAUUUUAAU